AUGUCAGAACAGCAUGAUCUAUCCCAGUUAGGAGUUAUCACAGUUGUUUUCAAUCCCGUUCGAUAUGAAAUUCGUUAUAAAUUGUAUUUUGAAUUCAAAGAACACAUGGCACGUUCUGGAAUAAACUUAACCACUGUUGAAUGCAUCUUUCCAAAAGCAACUAAAUUUGGAUUACCUGAGCAAAAGUUUGAAGUGACACGAUCUGACAAUCCACAUGAUAUUCAAAUUAUUGCACCUUCAGUCAUGUGGAUAAAAGAAAAUCUAAUUAAUAUAGCCGCUCAGCGUUUACCUAAACAUGUUCGCUAUACUAUCGAUAAAACAACUGAUGAAAAAAUUUAUUGGAAAUGCGAAUCUGCACAAUCACUUAAAUGCAAAGGUCGAAUUCAUACUAAUUCUCUUAGUACUAUUAUAUUACAUGAAACUAAUAAUCAUAAUCAUCUUGGAAAAGCCGUUUCAAGUGAAAUUAGAAUAUUUGAAGAAAAAAUUCGUGAUCGUGCUAUUAAUUAUAAUGAAUCUACACAAACUGUUAUUGAUAAUUGUUUAAUGAAUUUAUCGGAUAAUGCUGUAGCACGUAUUCCAAACUUUAAACAUAUUAAGAAUUUAUACAUUUUUUGCACCACUUGUAAAUUCUGUUCCGAUUGGCCUCAUCUAACGAUAAGAGCGUUGCAACAAUAUCCUAUCGUACAACUAUUCAAAGUCGGUUUCUUUAAUGGGUCUGAUGGGGAAAAGGAUGUACUGAGAACAGACUAUUCAUUUGGUUAUUCAAUCUGCCAUAAUAAACCAAUUGCUCGACAUCAUCCUGAUUGGUAUGCUCAUCCAGGUUAUGCAUGGGCAAUGCAUCGCAAUGCGUUUGAUGCCAUUGGUGGUCUUCUUGAUUUUUGCAUUGUUGGGCCAGGUGAUUUACACUUUGCUUAUGCUCUCUUGGGUCGAAUUCAUGAAACAUAUCCAUGUAGCCUUGGUAAAGACUAUCAACAAUCAGCUGAAGAAUGGGGAAAUCGAUUAGCUACGAUAGCCGGUCAUGGUGCUAAUGUUGGCUAUGUCAAUACUGAUCUGUUUCAUCGAUGGCAUGGUUCGAGAGAAAGUCGUGGCUAUAACAGCCGAUGGUCGAUCUUGAUUGACUAUCAAUACUCGCCUGUUACUGAUCUGAGACAUGAUAAAAUAUCAGGCGUGAUUGACUUCAAUUCAACGCUUGGGGAAUGCAUAGAUGAUCCACGAAUCAAAAAAAUGAAACAAGCGAUGGUUAAUUACUUUAUCUCGCGUAACGAGGACACAACAAAUACUUCAAAACAGGAAUCAACAACGGAAAUUCCAAUGCAAUAUCAAGAUGCGAAUAAUUAUCCCAUAACAUCAGUUCCUAAUGAACAACUCUUGGUCAAUGCUUCACACCACCGAUCUGACGCUUUUCACGAUGCGGAAUAG